CACAGGGGCGGACUGACCAUUUGGAAACUUGGGCACUGCCCGAGGGCCCCGGGGUCAGUAGGGGGCCCCACGAGAUGCCCCUGGUACCUUUUUCAUAGGCUUUUUUGAGUUUGGGCAAGGACACAGGGGCCCCAUGAUUCCCUAUUGCCUGGGGGCCCCAUGAGUUGUCAGUCCGCCCCUGAGUGAUCACCAGCCGAAUGCUGCCUAUCAGUGCCCCAUCAGUGCCGCCUAUCAGUGCCCAUCAGUGCCGCCUCAUCAACGCAAAU